AUGGCCAUUGGGGGCAGAGGAAAAUUAGGGUAUGUAACCAGAGACAAAAGAACCAGCAAGGAGGAUAUAUCUCACCCAAAAUGGGUUCAAGAGAUCUACUUGGUGAUGACCUGGCUAUGCAACUCUAUAUUGCCCCACAUCAGCCAAAACUAUCUCUGGACAAAAACAGCCAAGGAGAUUUGGGACAGCAUGAAGGAGACCUAUUCCCAACCCCUCAAUGUUGCUAGAGCUUACGAACUAAAAUGUGAGGUGAAAAACCUCAAGCAAAGAGAGAGGCCAGUCUCAGUAUAUUUUGCUACUCUAAAAUCCCUUUGGCAUGAAAUUGAUCACUUAGAAACUAUUGAAUGGGAAAGCCAGAAGGAUGCAGCAACAUACAUAAAACUGAUUGAAACAAAUAGGGUUUUCGAGUUCUUAGCUGGCUUAAACUCAGAUUUUGAUAUUACAAGACAACAACUUCUCACUAGGGAGAGUGUGAUCCUAUCUCAGACCUACUCAUUAGUCCAUAGUGAAGAGAGUAGGAGGAAGGUAAUGCUAUCCUUCCAACCCACAAAAGCAGCCUUAGCAGUAGCAAAAUUCAUGGCUGGAGGAGAAAAGGAAAAGGAAGUUAAGAAGGAAGACAAAAGAGAUAGUUUUUGUGAUCAUUGCAAGAAGCCCAAACACACUAGGGACACCUGUUGGAAGUUGCAUCCUCACCUAAUGCCUGCUAGACUUAGAAACAAGAAGGGAAGUGCUAAUACAGCAACUACUACUGAUAGUACAUCCUCUUCCAGCACAAGGACCACAUCCUUGGAUGCCUUGGCAGCUGUCCGAGCUGCACUGACACAAUUAGAAAAAGAAGCUGGUAUUUUUGGAUCAACAUCUCAGUCUUCAGCUACUACACCAUCUCAGCCUAAUUCAGCCCUUGCUCAUACAAGUACAAGAGCUACUGCAUGUCAUGCUUCUGUCCCAGAAGAAGGAAAGAAAGUUUACCUUUUGAAGAAGGCCUUGUACGGGCUGAAACAGUCUCCAAGAGCUUGGUUUGAUAGGUUUAUACUGGCUUUGAACAAAUUCGGAUACAUACAGGCUCAGUCAGAUCACACCCUCUUCUUUAAGAAGACAGGUCAUUCCCUGACUCUACUUACGGUCUAUGCAGUUGACAUUGUGGUAACAGGGAAUGACAUUGGUGAAAUUGAAACCCUUAAACAGCAUUUUACAAGGAAUUUGAAGUGA